AUGAUCUCCUACGUCAUAGGUCUCGUGGCGGUCCUUGUUUUCUUCGCUGACCCCAUCGCCCAGCUCUUCUCUCCAUCCGGGGCCGGCGGCCGAGGCCGGAUCGUCCGUACGCCCCGGCCGCAGAUGAACGAGUCUCUCCUCGCGAUCGAGUAUCCCAACGCCACGGCAUUGUCGUGCCCGCCUGACACGUACUCGGUGCGCAUUUUCUCCAAAGAGCCGCUGGUGUUGUAUAUCGAGGGGUUCCUCAGCCCCGAGGAGAGGGCGCAUUUGCUCGACAUCAGCCAACCCUUGUUUGAGCCGUCAACGAUAACUCAUGACGGCGCCGGUGUCCAGCGCGACACCUCGAUCCGCGAGUCCGAGGUUGCCAUGGUCCCGCGCACCGACACGGUCCGCUGCGUCGAGGCCCGCGUCCGCGCGCUGCAGGGCUGGCGCGAGGAGCUCUGGGUCGAGAGGCUGCGGACCCAGCGCUAUGUCGAGGGCGGGCACUACUCAUAUCACUUUGACUGGAGCGCUAACCGUGGCGGGUGGGGGAGAGUGAGCAGCAUGAUGGCCUGGGUCGACGCGCGCGACGAGGACGGGACGCCUGGGGCGGGCGGAGGCGAGGGCCUGGUCGGCGGUGGGACGGAGUUCCCGUUUCUGAGCGUCCCGGGAGUCAAGGAGAGAUGGUGUCGGUUCGUCGAAUGUGGGGGUGUGAGAGAAGGGAAUGAUGGCGGUCAGAAGAUGGGCGAGGGCGAUGGAGAGGAGAAGGGGGUCGUGUUCAAGGCGGUUCCCGGAAACGCCGUCUUUUGGGAAAACUUUCGCGCCGAUGGGAGCGGUGCUGGAUACGACGAAACGUGGCACGCUGGUUUACCCGUAAAGAAAGGCGUCAAGGUCGGGUUGAACAUUUGGAGUACGGGACGGAUAGGUUAG